AUGGCGCCCGAGACACCGUUGACGGGAGUCGAGGUCGCAAAGCACACGACCAAGGAUGAUUGCUGGGUCAUUAUCCAUGGCCGCGCAUACGACAUCACCGAGUUCCUCCCAGGUAUGCCACAUUUGAUUGCGUAUCUCUACGUAGUGGAGAUUGUCGGCAGGACUCACAAGGCUGAUCCUCUUAUAACAGAACACCCUGGUGGUAUGAAAAUCAUCCUCAAGUAUGCGGGCAAAGACGCAACUGAAGAGUUCGACCCGAUCCACCCCCCAGAUACUCUAGACAAGUAUCUGGACAAGUCAAAGCACCUAGGGCCGGUGGACAUGAGCACUGUACAGACUGAGAAGGCUGAAGAGGACCCCGAGGAGGCUGCAAGGCAAGAACGCAUCAAGCAGAUGCCGCUGCUGGAGCAAUGUUACAACCUCAUGGACUUUGAGGCGGUGGCGCGGAGAGUCAUGAAGAGAACGGCCUGGGGUUACUAUUCCAGCGCGGCGGAUGAUGAGAUCACACUACGCGAGAACCACUCGGCUUUCCACAGGAUAUGGUUCCGGCCACAGAUUCUCGUCGACGUCGAGAAAGUUGACUUCACCACGACCAUGCUGGGUACUAAAUGCGACAUUCCCUUCUACGUGACGGCAACAGCACUAGGAAAGCUCGGACAUGUGGAGGGCGAGGUUCUCCUCACACGGGCGGCCAAGAAGCACAACGUCGUCCAGAUGAUCCCCACCCUGGCAUCUUGCGCCUUCGACGAGAUCAUGGAUGCGGCAGAGGGCGACCAGGUCCAGUGGCUGCAGCUCUACGUCAACAAGGACCGCGAGAUCACCCGGAGGAUCGUGGAGCACGCCGAGAAGCGAGGCUGCAAGGGCCUGUUCAUCACAGUCGAUGCGCCACAGCUGGGCCGCAGAGAAAAGGACAUGCGCAGCAAGUUUACAGACCCCGGGACCAACGUGCAGAGCGGGCAGACGACGGACAACUCGCAGGGCGCGGCGCGGGCCAUCUCGAGCUUCAUUGACCCGGGCCUGUCGUGGAAGGAUAUUCCCUGGUUCCAAAGCAUCACCAAGAUGCCCAUCAUUCUCAAGGGUGUGCAGCGGGUGGAGGAUGUGCUCAAGGCGAUCGAGGCGGGCGUGCAGGGCGUGGUGCUGUCGAACCACGGUGGACGACAGCUGGACUUUGCGCGGUCGGGCAUCGAGGUGCUCGCCGAGACGAUGCCGGUGCUGCGCGAGCUGGGCUUGCAAGAGCGCAUCGAGAUCUUUGUCGACGGCGGCGUGCGGCGUGCGACCGACAUCAUCAAGGCGCUGUGCCUGGGCGCGAAGGGCGUGGGUAUCGGCCGGCCCUUCCUGUACGCCAUGUCGGCGUACGGCUUCGACGGCGUGGACCGCGCCAUGCAACUGCUAAAGGACGAGAUGGAGAUGAACAUGCGCCUGAUUGGCUGCAACAGCGUCGACCAGCUGAACUCGUCACUGGUGGACACCAAGAGCCUGUUCAACCAUAGCAACGGCACGCCCGCGGACAACCUUGCGCACUCGAUCUAUGACCCACUGGCGAACCCUCCGCAGAGACCGCUGUCGAAGCUGUAA